AUGUCCUGCUGCGUGCUGCAGAUCGCCGGGCUGGUGUUCGGCGGCGUGGGCAUGCUGGGCACGCUGGCGGCCACGGCCAUGCCCCAGUGGAGGGUGUCUGCCCACGUGGAGGCCAACCUGGUGGUGUUUGAGAGCAUCUGGGAGGGGCUGCGGAUGGACUGCAUCAGCCAGCUGGGCCUCAGGCUGCAGUGCAAGCUCUACGACUCGGUGCUGGCGCUGCCGCCGCCGCUCGAGGCCCUGCGCGCCCUGAUGUGCCUGGCCGUGCUGCUGGCCAUCGUGGCCUUCCUCGUGGCCAUCGUGGGGGUCAAGUACAGCCAGCCCAGCAAGGAGGGGCCCCAGGCCGUCAGCACCUUCAUCCUGGCAGCGGGGGUGGCCUUCCUGCUGACGGGCGGCCUGGUGCUGCUGCCGGUGUCCUGGACCGGGGGCGCCAUCGUCCGCGACUUCUACGACCCCGCGGUGCCCGUGCCCCUGAAACGGGAGCUGGGGGCUGCCCUCUACGUGGGCUGGGCCAGCAGUGCCCUGCUGCUGGCUGCAGGAGCCAUGUACUGCCACGUCUGGGCCCGGGCCGGCACGGCUGGCAGCCACAGCCACCCCUGGCUGGCGGCGCGGGCAGCGCUGCCCCGGGCGGGAGCGCCGGCCCCGUGCGUCCAUGCCUACGUGUAG